AUGUCGAUCCAACCACUGCCCGAGGAUGUCAUCGCACAGAUCAAGUCAUCUACCACCAUCACCUCUCUCAACGCAGUAAUAUGUGGCCUUGUCAAGAAUUCCCUGGACGCCGGUGCCACAAAACUCACCGUUUCAGUCGAUUAUACCAAAGGGAACUGCUCAGUUGAAGAUAAUGGAAGUGGGAUCCUGCCAGCUGAGUUCACCCCAGCCGGCGGGCUUGGCAAGAUCUAUCAUACGUCAAGGUUCCCACCCCUACCUGGUAUCCAUGGUCAUAGUGGUACAUUUCUAGCCUCAGUUGCUGCCUUGUCGCUUUUGUCCCUCAACUCCCACCAUGAGGGCCAUCGGUCACAUAAUUCCCUUCAAAUUCACAAUUCGACCGUCCUUGCUCGCCAUACCCCGUCGCCUCCGGAGCAGAGGCUUCUUACAUUCAGCCAUGGGACUCGUGCUACUGUCCGCGACCUUUUCGGGUCCAUGCCCGUCAGGGUGAAGCAAAGAGCUGCUGCCUCGGAUAAGACAGCGCACAACAGAGAUUGGGAGCAGCUUAAGAUCUCCUUUGCUGCCCUUCUGCUGCCGUGGCAUGGUUCUGUAAACGUAUCCAUGCGUGAUGCUCAGAGCCAACAGUCCGCCAUUAUCAGAAUCCAUGCAGACGCGCUGGAUGGUGUUGCGGAAAGAUUACGACGGCCGACUCUGACCCGCCGCGUAUCGAGUGUGCUCUACCAAGCCGGGCUAUCGGGGGAGACUUCUAUCGAUUCCUGGGUUACACUGAAAGCGUCAACCGGGCAGAUAUCGAUCGGUGGGACAGUAUGCCUCAUCCCAAUUGCCACGCGACGGGUACAGUUCAUCAGUAUCGGCAUUCAGCCCCUAUUUAAUGAAUAUGGCUCAAAUGUGCUUUAUGAAGAGAUCAAUCGUCUGUUCGCCAACUCCAGUUUCGGACUUGAGCAGAUCCCUGACCUCGAUGAUGAAGAGAUCGGUCGAAGGGCUCAAGAUCGUCGUUACAAAAGUGACGGCUACACUGAACGCGAGUUGAAGACCAGGAAAUGUGUCGACAGGUGGCCAAUGUUCCAUGUACAAAUCGAUUUCGGUCAUCAUGAGAGGGGACGAGCAGGCCACGAUCUAGAAGACAUCCUUGACGAACGCCGGGGAAAUCUGCAGGUGAUUCUUGAUGUCCUCAAGGCCAUGUUUUACGAGUUCCUGAAGAAACAUCACUUUCGGCCCAUGUACUACAGACCCCGGAAGCGUGACCUCACCGAGCAAUCGGGAUUUUUUCGAGAUACUGGUAGUGGGAUAUCCUCGGGAUAUAGUACCCCAACCUUACCUUCCCGGCCGGCCUCUCGAUCCAGUAGCGUACCAAAGCAAGGGACGAGGCCCUUGGGAAGAGAUCUGUCCACGACUGGGAUGCGCUUGCCUAGCAGCGAGCAGCAAUCAAGGACCGAGUCUCCAUUCGACGGAUGGACAAGGAUCAAAAGCGGACGGUGGCUGCCGACGACCGCAAAGACCCUCGAGACCAACCUACAAGCCAUGUCUAGUCGAGAGAUGAGCACCGAAAGUCUAGUACCGAAUGAUCGAGAUGAGCCAUCAGAACCUUCUCUAUUCAACACAGGUGGCGAUCUUGUCCGUCCGCCCUUCUCCGAUGUGGAAGUAUCGGGAAGUCAGGAUAUUCAGCAACAGUCAGAUCUCCGCCCUGAAAUGGGAUUUCGGGGUGGUCGACCAACUGUUAAUGAUGAGAUUGUCUGGAUCAACACUGUGUCGAAGCAGCAGUCGCUGGUGGAUGCACGGACAGGUUUCAUUACCAACAUGGGAGCAGACGGAACCCCAUCCGAAGCUCGCGUUCAUCGUCUGACCUCCAAAAAGAGACUCCGUACGCAACCGCAGGAGUCCACGCACCAUGCUAACGAUUGGUUAAAGGAACUGCUUUCAACUUGGAAGAACCCUGUUUUUGAGCGUGCCGAACCCGAGAUACCUGUGGCAUUCGAUGAGGCAAAACUCACCAUGUCAUUCAGCAAGUCGAGAUCCCAAAAGCAUAGUUGUCAUAACACCGAGGAGCCAUCAUUCAGCGUGGAAGGGCGCGUUUCCAGGGAAUCUCUGCGGGAAGCUGAAGUUAUCGCGCAAGUAGAUCGAAAGUUCAUACUUGCCAGAAUUCCUUUGCGAACCAAGGCGGCAAAGAGGCAACACCCACAAACGGUCCCGACACUCCUAGUCAUCAUUGACCAACAUGCUGCGGAUGAACGCUGCCGAGUCGAAGCGCUUAUGAGCGAAUACUUCUCUGUAUCGGAAGAUGAAACAAUCCAGGCUCAGACGGAGGUUAUCGAGAAGGUGCUCCAGUACGAGAUUUCAGCACAGGAACGUCUGCUCUUCGACCGAUAUAGUCUUGAUCUGAGACAUUGGGGCAUUGGCUACCAACUAAGCCCACUGCCUAAUCCUACGCAACCAAGUAGAACAAGACUUCCGUCGUUCUUGAAGGUGGUGUCUCUUCCGCCAAGUAUUUUGGAGAGGUGCCAAACUGAACCGCGGCUUCUAAUCGAUCUGCUGAGAAAAGAAAUAUGGAAGCUCGAUGAAAAUGGACGUACUGGCAAUCGUCAUCCCCGCAGCACCCGAAACACCCCCAGUCUUUCGGACGACAAAGAUAAGCUGCACUGGAUGUCCAGAUUUCACGGCUGCCCGCAGGGGGUUCUUGACAUGAUCAACUCUAGAGCAUGCCGAAGCGCCAUCAUGUUCAACGACCCGCUGUCUCUGGAGGACUGCACGGAUAUGUUGACGAAGCUUGCGGGUUGUGCAUUCCCGUUCCAGUGUGCUCAUGGACGUCCCUCUAUGAUCCCGUUGGUUGAUCUGGGCGAUGAUCGGAUCAACCAAGUCAAGGAUUCGAGUGGUCCUGGUUUCGGCAGGCGUUUCAGAGAAUGGAGGAUGAACAUGUAG